AUGGCGUUCCUUUCAGCGGCAAGGCUUGCCGCCUUCGUUGGCAUUUGUUCCUCCAUUCUCGCCGUCCAAGGUCACUCCGAUGCUCACAACCACUAUGGCUUCCCCGGGUCUGGUCAGAAUGCGCCUGUCGCUCAGGGAGCGGAUGACGGUCACGGCCGACUUGACCCGAUCUACCUAUAUACCCACGGAAUUAUCGCCGCCCUUGCCUUCGUAAUCCUUUUCCCUCUCGGUUCCAUGCUCAUUCGCUUGCUUCCUGGCCGUAUGGCCCUCUUCGCCCAUGCUUUUUGGCAACUGUUUACGCUACUCGUCUAUUUGGCCGCUGUUGGACUUGGUAUACACCUUAUCAAGCAAGAUCCGAGCUUGCUGACUUCUUACUUGCCAUCAAUCAAGAUGGGGGAAAAAGAGCUCAACUACCACCCAAUCAUCGGCAUCUUUGUCCUCGCACUCCUGUUCAUUCAACCGCUAGUUGGGUUCUUCCACCACAAGGAACAUAAAAGAGAUCGCCGCCGUGGAUUCUGGUCAGCCCUUCACCUCGUAAUCGGAAAGACUGCCAUCACGGUUGGAAUGAUCAAUGGCUAUAUAGGCCUAAUGGCAGCAAAGGAUCAAGACAGGUUAGGUCAAAGGCGCAGGCAGAAACUCAUAACAACCUAUGUCGCUGUCGCGCUGACCCUCUGGCUACUAUGGACUGCCAUGUCAAUGUGGUGGGAGUGGAAAAGGCAUAGGACGAUAAAGGCGGAAAAGGAGCUGGAGCGCGCCCUCGCCGAAGAUGGGACAGGUGUUGGCGCCGACCGCGGAAUGAACGGAAUGGGAAAUGGAAGGCCGGUCAAUGAUAUGAGCGAUACAAGGCCGAGGGAGGCACCCAGGAAAGCGAAGAGAUCAAGAAGUCGAGGCUGA